UCAAAUUUUACUACAAUUAUUUUUCCGAUUUGUUGGCCGCCGUCGGGUUUCAUCGCCGGCGGCUGAGUUGAAGGUGGAAACGGCCACUUGGAUCGCUGCGCAUCCGGUUUAAGUUGCUGGACCGUUUGCGGUGGCCGAGAUGGCUGGGAUUACGAUAGUUUUCGACUUCGAUCGGACGAUCAUUGAUGGGGAUAGCGAUAAUUUGGUGGUGACUCAAAUGGGUCUUACAAAUCUCUUCAACAAGCUCUACUCUUCCUUGGCGUGGAACUCUCUCAUGGAUACCUUGAUGGUGGAGCUCCAAUCGCAAGGAAGAACUAUGAGGGAUAUUGCAAAGUGUUUGGAAGGUGCUGCAUUGCAUCCACGAAUUAUUGCUGCUAUUAGAUCAGCUCAUGAUGCUGGGUGUGACUUAAGGAUAAUUAGUGAUGCAAAUCAGUUUUUCAUUGAGACAAUCUUAGAACAUCAUGGUGUGUUGGGAUGCUUUUCCACUAUCAACACAAACCCUACCUUUGUUGAUGGGAAAGGAAGGCUUAGAAUUUCACCAUAUCAUGACGAAUCAUCUCCUCAUGGCUGCAAUUUGUGCCCAUCAAAUAUGUGUAAGGGCCUUGUAAUCGAUCAAAUCCGAGCUUCGAAAGGCGAAAAAAACGAAUUCAUAUACAUUGGAGAUGGAAGGGGUGAUUAUUGUCCAACUCUAAGGCUUCAAGAAGGAGAUCAUGUGAUGCCUAGGAAGCUCUAUCCUCUCUCAGAUCGCAUAAACUCCAAUCAAACAAUUGUAAAGGCUAAGAUCCAUGAAUGGAGUGAUGGGAAAGAACUGGAGAAGAUCUUAUUAAACAUUUUGGAUAUAAAAAAAAAUUAAUUCUGCAAUCCAGAGGUAGUAUAAUUUUGCGGAAAUUGCUCUUUGGUUGCUUAUAUUCAAUCAUAUUGUCAUGGGAAUAAAAUCUUUGCUGUCCAUUUCUUACUAGGAGAAAACUUUUAGUUACAUUUUGCUGA